AUGGCGGUGAGCAAUGGCGGAUCCGGUAAGGGUCUGAUCGUCAGUUUCGGCGAGAUGCUGAUCGACUUCGUGCCGACGGUCUCCGGCGUGUCCCUGGCGGAGGCGCCGGGGUUCCUCAAGGCGCCCGGCGGAGCUCCGGCCAAUGUCGCCAUAGCCGUGGCCAGGCUUGGCGGGAGGUCCGCUUUCGUCGGCAAGCUUGGGGACGACGAUUUCGGUCACAUGCUCGCCGGGAUCCUGAAGGACAACGGCGUCUGCGCCGACGGCGUCAACUUCGACAAGGGCGCGCGGACGGCUCUGGCGUUCGUGACACUGCGCGCCGACGGCGAGCGCGAGUUCAUGUUCUACAGGAACCCCAGCGCCGACAUGCUUCUCACCCCAGAUGAGUUGAAUCUGGGAGUGAUUAGAUCUGCAAAGCUGUUUCACUAUGGAUCAAUAAGCUUGAUAGUGGAGCCGUGCAGAUCGGCACAUUUGAAGGCAAUGGACGAGGCCAAGGCGGCUGGUGCCCUGCUAUCGUACGAUCCCAACCUUCGUCUGCCAUUGUGGCCAUCGGCUGAGUACGCAAAGGAGCAGAUUAUGAGCAUUUGGAGCAAAGCUGAUAUCAUAAAGAUUAGCGAUGUAGAGCUCGAGUUCUUAACCGGGAGCAACAAGAUUGACGACGAGUCGGCCCUCUCCCUGUGGCACUCCAACUUACAGCUCCUCCUAGUCACUCUUGGUGACAAAGGCUGUAAAUAUUACACCAAGAACUUUCGGGGAUCGAUUUGUGGGCAUCCCGUGAAGACUGUAGAUACAACUGGAGCUGGUGACUCUUUUGUGGGAGCCCUACUCGGCAAGAUUGUUGAUGACCAUGCCUUAAUCCACGAUGAGGUUAGAUUGAAGGAAGCAUUGAAAUAUGCAUGUGCUUGUGGAGCCAUAACCACGACCAAAAAGGGUGCAAUUCCAGCUCUUCCCACACAUGAUGAAGUUCUUACCCUCUUCAAUGGAGCAAAAUAG